AUGACGAGUCAGUCGAAUGAAAGCCCCAUAGAUAAAGAUUGGCACAAUAGUGACUACGAAAUAAAAGAGCAAGACCGGUUUCUACCGAUUGCAAAUGUUGGUAGAGUGAUGAAAAAAGCGCUUCCUGAAAGGGCCAAAUUAUCAAAAGAAUCAAAAGAAUGUGUACAAGAAUGUGUAAGUGAAUUUAUUUCCUUCAUUACAAGUCAAGCGGCUGAUAAAUGUAAAUUGGAAAAACGCAAAACACUAAACGGAGAAGAUAUUUUGUGGGCAAUGUAUACUCUAGGAUUCGAGAACUAUUCCGAAACUCUUAAGAUAUACCUUGCCAAGUAUCGACAGUAUGAGCAAGAACAAGCUUUAAUCAAGCCACCAAGAAGGAAAAUGUAUAAGAGGAAGAAGAAACUGAAAAAAGAAACCCUGGAGGAAGAAGGAACGGAAGAUGAAUAUGACGAUGAGUUUAAUAAUGAAGAUACUAUGCUCAACCCUUCUGUGGACUAUUUUCAAGAGAGCAAUUUAAAUGAACACGAGCCAAGUUAUCCAGCUCCACCAACAACCAGUUCGGUAGUUGGUACAUCAUUCCCCAUAGGAGACGAUUUUUUUCAGGAGCAAAGUAUUGAUAACACAGGUGGAGAGAAUUUCCAAUACUUGAAUCACCCAAAUAUUCAACAAGACCAACAGCCACUUCUUACCCAGACGUAUCCACAGCAACAACAACUGCAGCCACAGCAACUACAUACACAACCACAACCACAUCAGAUGUAUACCCCUCAAGAGCAAGCAUAUGACGUGAACGACAUGAGCGAUUUACAAAUGCAACUCAAUCAACAGGGUCAAAACGUCGGAAUAAUUUUGAGAAGCUCUCCUCGUUAUUCAAGAACCGGGCAAGGUAACAAUCAGGGUUGA